CCCCCCCCUCUUGCCCGCCCUGCCCUGGCCGCUUGUUGCCCCUCCCCUCCCCCUUAACCGCCGGAGCCUGUCCCUACCCAGUCUCGGCCUCUCUCAUUCCCUCCUUCUCCCUCUUGCCCGUCGGCCAGUCCCCUUGUUCGCCCUCGCGGAAUGACCGACCAAGCCCCCGCGUACACGAAGGAGCAGCAGGAGGCCGUGGCUGCCAUCCUGCGAUGCAAUGACUACUAUUCGGUGCUCGGUGUGGCGCAAAAUGCCACCGAGACGGACAUCCGCCGGGCCUAUCGCCGGCUUGCCCUCAAUUUCCACCCCGACAAGAACCACGCUCCCCGUGCCAAGGAGGCCUUCAUGAUGAUUGAUGAGGCCUUCCGCGUCCUCUCGGACAAUGACCGCCGGCGGCGCUUCGACAUGACCGGCGCCUUCGAGCGCGGCGGGGCCACGGCCGCCAGCCGCGAGAGCACCGCCUCCGCCGGCGGCAGUGGGACGUUCCCCUUCUCGGCGCACUCGGCCGGGACCCGGCGCCGGGCCGGGGGCUUCGACCCACACAUGUACAACGGGGCGAACUUCAACUUCGCCAACAUGAACCCGCAUGACCUGUUCACCUUCAUGAUGUAUGGCCCCUUCGAGGGUGCCCAGCGGCGGCCGGGCUCCAUGCACACGCAAUUUUUCAAUGUCCGCGGGGACAACUUCCCCGGGAUGUUUUCGCAUCCGGAUCGGGGCCGUGCGCGGGCGCGCGAUGGUGGCGCCGCGGCCGCCGGGCCACAGGGGCCCAUCGAGAAGAUUUGGAGCGCGGUGGCCACCGUGCUGCCGAUCAUCUUCAUCUUCCUGUUCCUGCUGUCGAACUUGACAACCAACCACGCCAAUGCCAGCUACACCGCGCCGCCGGACUUCACCUACCGGCAGGCCGACACGCACCCCACACCGCGGGUGACCGCCAACAUGGCCGUGCCGUACUUCGUGUCGGCGGCCUCUUUCGACCCGCGCUUCCCGGCCUCCUCGAACGCGCUCAAGGUGCUCGAGCAUACCAUCGAGCGCGAGUACGUCCGGUCCUUCUUCGACGCCUGCAAGGCCGAGUAUGACAUCCGCCAGCGGCUGCUCCGCCAUGCUACCCUGAAUGGCAGCGAGGCCGACCGCAAGGUCGCCGAGGCCCGGCCCACCUACUCGUGCGACAUCUACUGGGCCCUGAAGUCCGGCAAGCUGGUGACCGACAUCAGCGACCUGCUGGCCCGGCGCCAGGCGGCUCUGGAGGCCGAGCCGGCGGCCAUCCGCGCGCGCAUCCCGGCCGCCCCGCCGAUCAAGCCGCCCCGCCCUGGAGCCCGGUCCUAAGGUGUGUGUGUGUGUGUGUGUG